AUGGCAUCCAUGUUUCGGAGCGAAGAGAUGUGUCUGAUGCAACUUUUUCUUCAGGUGGAGUCUGCCUAUUGCUGUGUUGCAGAACUUGGAGAGCUAGGUCUCGUCCAGUUCAGAGAUUUGAAUGCAAAUGUGAACAACUUUCAAAGAAAGUUUGUGAAUGAAGUAAGAAGAUGUGAAUCCUUAGAAAGGAUCCUUCGCUUUCUGGAAAGUGAGAUGGGGGAGGAGAUCCUACCUGUCACAUCUGAGAAAUAUCCAGAGACUCCACCACCUCGAGAAAUGAUUGACUUAGAGACUGUCUUGGAGAAACUGGAAGGAGAGUUGGAAGAAGCCAACCAGAACCUGCAGGCAUUGAAACAGAACUUUCUAGAACUCACGGAACUCAAACAUCUCCUGAAGAAAACCCAGGACUUCUUUGAGACUGAAACUAAUUUGCCUGAUGAUUUCUUCAAUGAAGACACUUCAGGGCUGUUGGAAUUAAGAAGCACUCCUGCAGCAAUUGCUGCGAAAUUGGGGUUCAUAGCUGGUGUGAUUAAAAGAGAGAGGCUGGUGCCUUUUGAACGUUUGCUGUGGAGAGCCUGCCGGGGAAACAUCUAUCUGAAGUUUAGUGAAAUGGAUACACCCUUGGAAGAUCCUGUCACUAAAGAAGAGAUGAAAAAGAACGUAUUCAUCAUCUUCUAUCAAGGGGAGCAGCUGAGACAGAAAAUCAAGAAGAUUUGUGAUGGGUUCCGUGCCACGAUAUAUCCCUGCCCCGAGUCAGCUGGAGAACGCCGAGAAAUGGCUGCUGGUGUGAACACAAGGAUUGAAGAUCUCAACACAGUGAUCACCCAAACUGAGUCCUAUCGACAGAUGCUAUUGAAGGAAGCAUCUGCAAACCUGUGGACGUGGGGAAUCAAGGUGAAAAAAAUGAAAGCCAUCCACCAUAUCUUGAAUUCUUGUAACAUCGAUGUCACCCAGCAGUGUGUCAUUGCAGAGAUCUGGUUCCCUGUGGUAGACACCCCCAGGAUAAAAAAGGCACUGAAUCAAGGAAUG